AUGAGUCUCUGCGAAAACUGUGAGCUUGGCGAGAACUGCCAUGGUGUUGACGAUAUCGAGGAAACUCUUCCCAUUACCACAGAGUUCCAUUACGAACCCAUCUUUCAACCCUCCGAUCCACACCAUGACAAGACAGAAUACUACAAUAUUCCCGGAGAUUACGUAAAGGAAAUCGAGGUAAUGGGCCGUAAAGUGUUGAGCGUCGAUCCCACCGCCUUAACCGUACUUGCGCAACACGCUUUCACCGACGUGCAUCACUACUUCCGCGAAGAUCAUCUCUCCGGCUGGCGCCGUGUUCUUGACGACCCUGAGGCAACUGAUAAUGACCGCUUCGUCGCUACAACGCUACUGCAAAAUGCCUGCGUCGCUGCUGGCCGCAUCCUUCCCGCCUGUCAAGAUACGGGUACUGCCAUUGUAUUGGGGAAGCGCGGUGAGCUGUGUUGGACGGGGGGUGAAGACGAGAAAUAUCUGUCCCAUGGCAUCUGGAAAUGCUACGUGAGUCGCAACCUCCGCUACAGCCAGACUGCUGCCUUGGAUAUGUUCAAGGAAGCAAAUACAGGCGACAAUCUGCCGGCGCAAAUGGAUCUGAUGGCCGUGCCCGGAAAUGAGUAUCAUUUCCUCUUCGUCGCAAAGGGCGGUGGCAGUGCCAACAAGGCGUUUCUCUACCAGCAAACGAAAGCUCUCCUAAACCCGAAGUCUCUCCGCGCCUUUGUUGAAGAAAAACUGAAAACUCUCGGCACUUCAGCUUGCCCUCCUUAUCACAUUGCACUUGUCAUCGGGGGCACCAGCGCGGAAAUGACGAUGAAAACGGUAAAACUUGCCUCCUGUCGCUACUACGACUCCCUGCCGACAACUGGAAACAAAAGCGGCAGGGCCUUCCGCGACAUUGAAUGGGAAGAAAUCAUACUGGAGAUGACGCGUAAUCUUGGUAUUGGUGCGCAGUUUGGUGGAAAAUACUUCGCCCAUCAGAUCCGUGUCAUUCGACUACCGCGCCAUGGUGCUUCAUGCCCUGUUGGUUUGGGCGUCUCCUGCAGUGCAGACCGUCAAAUUCUAGGAAAGAUAACAUCUGAAGGUGUGUUCCUGGAGAAACUCGUGCGGGACCCGGCCAAAUACCUUCCCGAUGUGCCACUCACGUCCCUCGGGAACGGCACUGUUGAAGUGGACCUCCACCAGCCAAUGAGUAAGAUUCGUGAGUUACUUACUCAAUACCCCGUGACAACGCGGCUGAGCCUCACUGGUCCCCUUAUCGUGGCGCGUGACAUCGCACACGCAAAGAUCAUGGAACGACUUAAUGCCGAUGAGCCACUACCGCAGUACAUGAAGGAUCACCCGAUUUACUACGCGGGGCCUGCAAAGACUCCCAAGGGAAUGGCGUCCGGUUCCUUUGGACCUACCACCGCUGGUCGAAUGGAUUCCUACGUGGCACCAUUCAUGGCUGCGGGCGGCAGUUUCGUCACCCUUGCAAAAGGGAACCGCUCUAAAGUCGUUACCGACGCUUGCAAGAAGUACGGUGGAUUUUACCUUGGAAGUAUUGGCGGCCCCGCGGCCAUCCUUGCGAGGGACAACAUCAAGAAGGUUGAAGUUGUGGAAUAUCCAGAGCUGGGUAUGGAAGCCGUAUGGCGCAUUGAGGUUGUGAACUUCCCCGCAUUCAUUAUUGUGGACGACAAGGGUAAUGACUUCUAUGCUAAACUCGUCUAG